UUUCCGCCUUCCUCCGGGCUGCCGCUGGGUUCCCAGGCUCGGGAGAAGGAGCGCGGCGCAGGCGAGCAGAGAGAGGAUCCCAUCCUGCCCAUCAGGGAGCGUCUCGGGGGUCCUGAGGCCACCACCGGUCCGUCGUCACUGCCCUACUCGCGCCGGAUGAUGCUCCUCACGUUCUCCCUCUGUUCCAUCAUCUGGCUGAACCGGGGGUUCAAAUUGCGGGAGUGGACCUCGACUUAGGGGGCCCGGCUCGGCCACUGCAGCCCCUCCAUGCAGGCCCCGUGAGAGGGCAGAAGGAAGGCUCACUGCUCCGUGUCCCUCCUCCAGCCACGGCUGCCCCUCCCGGUCCCCCCGGAGGGGCGCCAUGGGGAGCACCGAGGGGUUCCAGUACCGAGCCCUCUACCCCUACCGGAAGGAGCGCGAGGAGGACAUUGACUUGCUCCCGGGAGACCUCCUGGUCGUGAGCAAGGGGGCCCUCCAGGCUCUGGGUUUUAAAGACGGCGACGAGCAGGUGCCAAACCAGAUUGGCUGGAUUUUGGGGGUCAAUGAGCGCACCAAGCAGAAGGGGGACUUCCCUGGCACCUACGUGGAGUACGUGGGGCCUGUGAAGAUCGCCCUGCCCUCCCACCGGCCGAGAAUGCCCCGACCUCUGCCAGCUGCCCCCGGAUCGGGCCUGCCCCAUCUGCAUGAGGAGCAAGGCUUCGCCCUCCCGGAACUUGCCGAGCAGUUUGGGCCCCCAGAGGUGGCCCCACCUUUAGUCUGCCAGCUGGUGGACGCGGUUGAGAAGAAAGGGCUGGACAGCAAGAUGCUCUACAGGGCGCCGGGCGCGGAGCUGAGGCUAGCGCUGAGAGCCGAUGGGGCUGCCCCCGGUGACCUCGAGGCCCUGGACGUUGUCUCUCUCGGCGAAGCCCUCAAGCGCUACCUCCAGGACUUACCCACCCCGGUGGUGCCCGCCAGUGUGCACAGCGACAUCCUUCGGGUGCUCCAUGAAGCCCCCCAGCCUGACAUUUGCCAGAAGCAGCUGCUGUCGGUCCUGGAGCCCCCGGCCGUCCCCCUCGCCCACCUCCUCACCCUGCAGUUCCUCUUACGGCACUUCGCCAAAGUGGCCGAGCAAGCCGAGAGCAAUGGGCUGGAUGCGAGAGCCCUGGGCGAGAUCUUCGGGCCCCUCCUUUUCCGGCCACCGGCCGCUGCCAGUGCUGAACCAACGCUGGACGUCUCUGCCUUCUUCCUGGAGACCCUUCUCCAAGCCAAGAGUUUUCAGCCGGAUGCACCCCCUCCAGCUCUGCCCCCGAAACCCCCCAAGCCGAAGCCCACGGCCGCCACCCUGGCCUGUGGGAAUGGCGGCCUUCUCCAGGACGCCGAGUGGUAUUGGGGCGACAUCUCCAGGGAGGAGGUGAACGAGAAGCUCCGGGACACCCCCGACGGCACUUUCCUGGUGAGAGACGCAUCCAGCAAGAUCCAGGGGGAGUACACCCUGACACUCAGGAAAGGUGGGAAUAACAAGCUGAUCAAGAUCUUCCACCGGGAUGGCAAAUACGGCUUUUCGGAGCCCCUGACCUUCAACUCGGUGGUGGAGCUCAUCAACCACUAUCGGCACGAGUCCCUCGCCCAGUACAACGCCAAGCUGGACACCCGGCUGCUCUACCCCAUCUCCAAGUACCAGCAGGACCAAGUUGUGAAAGAAGACAGCGUGGAGGCCGUGGGGGAGCAGCUCCAAGUCUACCACCAGCAGUACCAGGACAAGAGCCGCGAGUAUGAUCUCCUCUAUGAGGAGUACACGCGCACCUCACAGGAGCUGCAGAUGAAGCGGACGGCCAUCGAGGCCUUUAACGAGACCAUCAAGAUCUUCGAGGAGCAAUGCCAGACGCAGGAGAAGUGCAGCCGGGAGUACCUGGAGCGCUUCCGUCGGGAAGGGAACGAAAAGGAGCUACAGCGGAUCCUGAUGAACUCGGAGAAGCUGAAGUCCCGCAUUACGGAGAUCCACGACAGCAAGACGAAACUGGAGCAGGACCUCAAGCAGCAGGCGGCCGAGAACCGGGAGAUCGACAAGCGCAUGAACAGCCUGAAACCCGACCUGUUGCAGCUGCGGAAACUCCGAGACCAGUACCUGGUGUGGCUGACGCAGAAAGGCACUCGCCAGAAGAAGAUCAAUGAGUGGCUCGGGAUCAAGAACGAGACGGAAGACCAGUACUCCAUGAUGGAAGACGAGGAGGAGCUCCCCCAUCAUGAGGAGCGGACGUGGUACGUGGGGAACAUCAACCGCAUCCAGGCGGAGGAGAUGCUGACCGGCAAGCGCAACGGGACCUUUCUCAUCCGGGAGAGCAGCCAGAGGGGUUGCUACGCCUGCUCUGUGGUGGUGGACGGCGACACCAAGCACUGCGUCAUCUACAAGACGGUGACCGGCUACGGCUUCGCCGAGCCCUACAACCUCUACGCCUCCUUGAAGGAGCUGGUCCUGCACUACAAGCACACCUCCCUGGUGCAACACAACGACUCGCUCAACGUCACCCUGGCUCACCCCAUCCUCUCGCAGCCCCCGCCGAGAUGAAGGACGGGAAUCCGCCCCGCUCGCACCGCCAUUUGCCCCCCCCAC